AUGUCACAAGGCAUCAAGACAGACUUUGGCGUGGUAUCUUACUUUAAUUUCAUGAAAACGUUGAUCAACUACGUUAAAGAUGUAAAGGUGUUGCGGGAGAAAGGCAUACUGUACAGCCAGUUGGCGAAUGAUGAAGAGGUGGUUGAAAUGUUUCAGAGCAUCAAUACUUAUGGAUUCUCAAACACUGAUCUUUUUCUUGAGGGACUCUUGGGAAUUGAGGAAGUUGUUCAACCACUGAGGAUGGAGGUUUUGAAAGAGGUUUCAGACUUGAAGAUGAAGACAAUGAAGGACUCAUCAAAGAGAGGAAAUUAUGAGGGGUUACGCAGUAAUGAGGGCCCACCUAGGUGCACUGUCAAGAUUGAUCUCUGGAAAGCCUAUGACACAGUCGACUGGAGUUUCUUGAGGGGCGUUCUCCAAGGCCUCAAAUUCCACCCUUCUUUCGUCCACCUGAUCAUGGAGUGCGUUACUUCACCUUUGUACACGAUCACGGUGAAUGGUAGCCACCAUGGCUACUUUAGAGGGAUUUUCGUUUCCAUAAGAAAUGCGAGCGAGCUGGCAAUACUCACCUUGCUUUUGCAGAUGACCUCCUUCUGUUCUGCAGGGCUUGGGAUCAACCAGAGCAAGUCUAACAUGUUUAUUGCAGGCGCCAUCAAAGUUCCCAAGGAGACAUUGCUGCAAGUGUUUGCCUUCCCAGAAGGCACCCUCCCUAUCAAAUGUUUGGGCAUUCCCCUCGCAUCAAAGAGACUUGCUACCUCAGACUAUGGCCAUCUGAUCGACAACUUGACGGACAAGAUAAAAAAAUGGCAAGGCGUGGAAUCAUACUGGCUCCAAGCCUUUCCGAUUCCUGGGACUGUCAUUGAGAAGCUCAUUGGUAUUGCUUGUUCUUUCCUUUGGGGGAAGAAGUAUGGUCAAGUUGCUUGGGAUGAUGUUUGCAAGCCAAAAACGGAAGGAGGUCUGGGAAUCAGAAACCUCAAGGCUUGGAAUUCGGCACUUCACACCAAGACCCUCUGGAACAUUCAUUCAAAGAAGGACUCCUUCUAG